UGUUGCAGCCAAUUUUUGUACGAAGCUGCGAGGCUGAAUUUGCUCAUGAUGCAUGAUUGUUCUCGACAACAACAGCCCCUCGCCCUGUUUGAACCACGCCCACCAUGGCAUCGCAUACAAAAGACGACUCUCCGGCGCCGACACCUGCGCCGCUCGUAAACCAAGACAUCGACGCCAUGGAUACGCCCGCAAGCAGCUCGGCCUCCAGCCGUACUGCUGGACGCCCUGAACCAUACCUCCCCUCGAACGAGGCUACCGAACCUGCGACUGGUGAGAGUAAUGCAGCAAACAACAGCGCAGAUGCGCACAACGAAGCGCAGAUGCCAGAAGAUGGGCAACCUCAAAGGAGCAAGCUCAAGAUCGCGCUCAUCAUGCUCUCCCUAGGAAUCGCCGUCUUGCUUGUGGCCCUUGACAUCACGAUCGUGACGACCGCGCUCCCUACCAUCGCCGAACAGUUCCACUCCGCCUCAGGAUACACCUGGGUUGGUUCCGCCUACUUGAUCGCGAACUCGGCGGCCACACCCAUAUGGGGCAAAGUUUCUGAUAUCUUCGGAAGGAAGCCCAUUCUGCUUGUCACAAACGCCAUCUUCUUUGUCGGCUCGCUGUUGGCAGCGGUCGCGGUGAACAUGAACAUGCUGAUCGCAGCCCGUGUGAUCCAAGGUAUCGGUGGCGGAGGCCUGAUUGUGUUAGUCAACAUCUGUAUAUCUGACCUCUUCGCCAUGCGAGAAAGAGGAGCAUACUUCGGUGUCAUCGGCGGAGUUUGGGCUUUGGCAUCCAGCUUGGGUCCCAUCGUUGGAGGCGUUUUAACCCAAAAGGUCAGCUGGCGCUGGUGUUUCUACAUUAACCUCCCUUUCGAUGGCCUCGCGUUCUUCAUCAUCAUGUUCGCUUUAGACCUGCAUACACCUAAAACUCCUCUUUGGGAGGGGCUCAAGGCUGUAGAUUGGCUGGGCUCACUGACUAUGGUCUCUGGCACGGUCAUGGUUCUCCUAGGACUCGAAUUUGGUGGAAUCACAUACCCUUGGAAUUCAGCCACCGUCAUCUGCCUCAUCGUCUUUGGAGUAAUCACCAUCGGCCUGUUCUUCCUCGUUGAACACCGCGUCGCGCCAUAUCCGCUAAUGCCGCUCACUCUUUUUUCCAAGAGAUCGAACCUUGCCGCCCUUGGUACCUGCUUCUUCCACGCAUUUGUCUUCAUCUCUGGAUCUUACUUUCUGCCUCUCUACUUCCAGGCAGUGCUUGGUGCGACACCCAUUCUCUCCGGCGUGUACCUGCUCCCAACCGCUCUAUCACUGUCGUUCCUGUCAGCGUUCACAGGUGUGUUCAUCCGCAAGACCGGUCAAUAUUUGCCAUGCAUAUGGUUUGGAAUGAUAUUCAUGGUCGCCGGCUUCGGUACAUUCAUCGACCUUGGGGUGCACUCGUCUUGGGCCAAGAUCAUCAUCUUCCAGAUUAUUGCUGGAAUCGGUGUUGGCCCCAACUUUCAAUCACCCCUCAUUGCGCUGCAAAGUUUGGUCCCGAAGCGCGAUAUUGCGACUGCAACGGCAACAUUCGGGUUCGUCCGCAACCUCGGCUCUGCCAUCUCUAUUGUCGUCGGUUCGGUGGUGUUCCAAAAUGAAAUGGUCUCCAAGCAACCGAUGCUCCGAGAAGCAUUGGGCGAUCAAGCCGCAGCUGCUUUUGGUGGUGGCUCAGCCGGUGCCAACGUUGGCCUUAUCCAAAUCCUCCCUGAAAACGAGAAGGAAAUCGCGAGGCAGGCUUUCUCUGAAGCGCUGUCCACCAUGUGGAUCCUGUACGUCUGUUUCGCUGCAGCUGGUCUGGCCGUCAGCCUUUUGAUCACAAAGAACGUACUCUCAAAGCAGCACGAAGAGACCAAGACUGGAAUCGAAGAAGAAAAGAAGAAGCGGGUGGAAAGAGAAGCCGCGAGGGAAGAGAAGAAGAGGAGCAAGCGGGCUAGUAGGGAUCUUGCAGCGAGCAGUGGAGAUCUGAGUACGGACGUUGAACAGGGGGCCGAAGGUACCGUGCCCCCGAGCGCCGAGAAGCUGUAGAGCUCGGCUUAAAUGUGGACUGCAUCAUAGAGCACAUGCGACUCAUAUCAUAAUAAGCAUGC